UUCGGCGUGUUUUCUUGUAGUGAAUUCACUCAUGGGUAUAAAACUAUGGAUAUAUUCUUAAUCAACUCAAUUAAAUUUCGGUUGGAUCUUUAAUAAAAUCUUCCUUUUAUAGCAGUGUGCACUGGAUGGUGCGGUUGCGGCCACUUUAUGACCAAUGAAGCCAUAAAACCAGGACAACUUAUAUUCUUUUGAUUUUUAUAUACAUCAAGCAUAAGCUAUAGCGCCACACUUCUUUAGAAUUGGAUUUUUAAAACGUUAAUAUGCCAUCAGUGAGAAGAAAAAACACUUGAUACCAUCGCAUUAUGUCAAGACAAAGCUUUUUAUAAAUUAUAUUUAAAAGAAGCUUUAAUUAUGAAAUUUAUCACUAUAUGAUAUCCACAAUGGUUAGCAAACUAAUCAUAUAUCUUCAUCAACUUGCCUUUGCAUAAAGCCAUUAUAUGUUUUUUGAACCAUAAAACUAAUCAUAACCAUUAUAUGUUUUUUGAACAAAAUAAAGCCACUAUUUGUUUCCCUCUGAUUUCGCUAAGAGCAUAAAGUAGUAAUGUGUUUUGAGUCAUAUAAAUAAUAUACAUGAAAAUGAUAUGGAAUAUAAAUAAAUAUCACCUCAGAGAUUACAACUUAUUACAGAGAGAAGCGAUUCCAAAGGAAUAUAUUUCCUUCUGUCUAAUCUUAUUCUUUGUUUAAAACCCCUCUCCAUGCAUUUCUCUUGUUUAUAUAUUUAUUGCUUACUCUCUCUAAGAUUUGUGAGUCCUGACCAUCAAUCUUUCUAGCUAAGUGAGUAGGUUCAGUACGUAUAAAUAUAUAUAGAGCAGAGAGCGUUAGAGCAGAGAAAUGGGUUUGAGGUCCAUCAUAUCGACCAUCACCUACGGUUUGUUUCUUGGCUAUCCACACAAGAAGCCAAAGGUCAAAAGUGUGAGCCACCUCAACUAUUACCACACCAUGCCAAAGGCUCGUCCACUUUCUUUACAGGGAAUCGGACAAAACGGAAGCGAAAUGUCAUUAGUUUGUCUCACUAGUGGAUGUUGCUAAUAUACCUUUGGCCGAUUAAGCAUAUACAUAUACAAAUGUUCUAAUUAUUAUUUUUUCCUUAGAUAUUAUCAAAUAUUGAUACUAAUUAAUUAGUCUGCAACAUAUGAAUGUUUUGCAACAAAGUAGACGAUAGACCUAAAAGUACGGAUGUGCUGCAGUGGAUGCGAGAGGGUAGUCAAGCAUGCCAUUUACAAGUUGAGAGGAGUGGACUCGGUGGAGGUGAACCUGGAGUUGGAGAGAGUGACGGUAGUUGGGUACGUGGAGAGGAAGAAGGUGCUGAAGGCGGUGAGAAGAGCCGGGAAGCGAGCGGAGUUCUGGCCUUACCCGGACAUGCCUCGCUACUUCACUUCCUCGGACCACUACUUCAAAGACACAACCCGCGAAUUCAGGGAAAGCUACAACUACUACCGCCACGGCUACAACCUCAGCGACCGUCAUGGUCACAUCCACGUCACUAACCGUGGCGACGAUAAAGUUAGCAACUUCUUUAACGACGACAACGUCCACGCUUGUCGCCUUAUGUAAUCAAAUGUUUAAAUCUUUUUUUUUGUUGUCCUAAAGCUAGUCAUCCUAUAUAUGUAAUAUGUACAUAUAUCUGUAUGUAUUUCUGUGGUCUCUAGGGUUAAUACAUGUUGAAGUGUAUUGUCUCUAGACCAAAGCAUAUUAUCAUUGGCGUUCAAUUUGAAUCCUGACGUGACAGAUA